AUGGAAGCUAAUCAGUUUAGGGAAUUCGGAAAGGAGAUGAUUGACUACGUCGCCAACUACCUCGAGAAUAUAAGAGAAAGGCGUGUACUACCCAUGGUUGAACCAGGAUAUUUAAGACCGCUUAUACCAGAAACUGCACCAGAAAAACCCGAUAAAUGGGAAGACAUCAUGAAGGACCUUGAAAGAGUUAUUAUGCCAGGAGUAACUCACUGGCAUUCACCCAGAUUUCACGCUUAUUAUCCGACGGCCAAUUCUUAUCCUGCAAUUGUUGCCGACAUACUGAGCGGUGCAAUCGCCUGCAUAGGUUUCACUUGGAUUGCCAGUCCAGCGUGUACGGAGCUUGAAGUCGUUACGUUAGAUUGGCUUGGAAAGAUGUUGGGGCUCCCAGAUGCUUUCCUCGCUUGUUCCGGUGGCAAAGGAGGUGGCGUUAUCCAGGGCACUGCUAGUGAAGCCACUUUAGUAGCGUUGCUUGGAGCUAAAGCACGAACGAUUGACAGAGUUAAAAAAGAACGUCCCGAGUUAUCCGAGACGGAAAUCGUUGGGAAAUUAGUUGGAUACACGUCGAGCCAAAGCCACUCUUCUGUGGAACGUGCUGGACUUUUAGGAGGAGUGAAACUCAGGUCACUUCAGCCAGAUGAAUCAAACAGACUGAGCGGAGCAUUAUUAGAAAAAGCUAUUCAAGAAGACAUAGAGGCUGGACUCAUACCAUUUUAUGCUGUGGCAACACUUGGUACCACGUCUUCAUGCACCUUCGAUAGAUUGGACGAAAUGGGCCCAGUUUGCAACAACAAUAACGUUUGGCUUCACGUUGAUGCGGCAUAUGCUGGUUCUGCUUUUAUUUGCCCUGAGUACAGGUAUCUCAUGAAGGGUGUAGAAAAAGCAGAUUCCUUCAAUUUUAACCCCCACAAAUGGAUGUUAGUUAAUUUUGACUGCUCUGCUAUGUGGCUAAAAGACCCAUCCUGGCUGGUAAACGCAUUCAACGUGGAUCCUCUGUACUUAAAACACGACCAACAAGGCUCAGCUCCCGAUUACCGCCACUGGCAAAUUCCUUUAGGAAGAAGAUUUAGGUCUCUUAAAUUAUGGUUUGUGUUAAGAUUGUUCGGUGUGGAAAACAUUCAAGCGCAUAUUAGAAAGCAGAUUGGUUUGGCUCACGACUUCGAAGCUUUAGUUAGAAGUGACGAUAGAUUUGAAAUCACAGAAGAAGUUUUAAUGGGUUUAGUCUGUUUUAGACUAAAAAGUUCCAACGAGAUAAACGAAACUUUAUUGAAGAGGAUCAAUGGUAGAGGACUCAUUCAUUUAGUACCUUCCAAGAUUAGGGAUACGUACUUCUUAAGAUUGGCCAUUUGUUCAAGAAUGACCGAGAAGUCAGAUAUAGAAGUAUCAUGGAAAGAAAUUAGGGCUGCAGCGGACGAAGUUUUGACCAAAAAAGAAUAA